CCUCGAGAUUGUUGAAGUUGGUCGACGCCCUCCCCGCAAGGAACCAUUCAUACAAGUCUUCAGCAAUGCCUGUGCAAGGAAUCCGUUCGGUGACGGCCGCUAGAAACGGCGUCGGCGCCUUUAUCCUACAAUGCAAGCGGUUGGAAUUUCACUACUGUGACUGGGCUGGUAGCUCUCGGGGCAUGCUGUCGUACUUAAAACACCAACUUCCUGCCUUCGCCAAGGCAAACCCUCAGAUCGAGAUUCGGGUCUCGCCGCGGCCGCACAAGCACCCUGUCGUUAAGGGCCACUACGUCAAUGGACGGGAGAAGGCGAUCUGCGUCCGGAAUCUGGAGCCGGAGCAAAUAGUCAAGAAGGUCCACUUGUUGAAGGAGGCCAGUGGAGAGAAGCUGAAGCGCACCAAGAAGCCCGUCACCAGUCUCAACGAGAGUGUCAGAGGUAUCUGGUCCCCGUACCACGGAGGUCUCAAGUCGGUGUAAGAUGGGGGUUUUGGUGCGGUCAUACGGUGGUGUUAUUUUUCUGGUCAGAUGUAUUAUGGGCUACUUCAUCUCUUUGUGUACUUCUUUUGCGAACCCGACUCUGUCUUUGGUUAAAUUAUAUGUAUCAUAUGUACAGAAUGUCUUCAUUGAUAUCCCCUUGAUGUGGAGCGCCGUCGUCUGCUGGCGAGCAGUUGUCAUUAAUCACGUGGACCACCGAAAUCAUCCGUGCACCGUAUACCCAAAAC